AGCUUGUGGAGAAUAUAGAGGAGACUGUUGGUUUUGGCAAAGGGACUCCGAAAAUUUAUGCAACUAUUGAUCUUGAAAAGGCUAGGGUUGGUCGGACCAGAAUGAUAGAAAAUGAACCCAACAACCCUAGGUGGUAUGAAUCUUUCCACAUAUACUGUGGUCAUAUGGCUUCAGAUGUUAUAUUUACUGUUAAAGACGAUAAUCCUAUUGGCGCAACCUUAAUUGGAAGAGCUUAUGUGCCGGUUGAAGAACUCUUAGAAGGGGAAGAGGUGGACCGAUGGGUGGAAAUAUUGGAUGAAGACAAAAAUCCCAUACAUGAAGGUUCUAAGAUCCAUGUAAAGCUACAGUUUUUUGAUGUUAAUCGAGAUUUUAAUUGGGCUCAUGGAAUUAGAAGUUCAAAGUUUCCUGGGGUUCCUUACACAUUCUUCUCUCAGAGACAAGGAUGUCGGGUGUCACUGUACCAAGAUUCUCAUGUGCCAGGCGGGUUUGUCCCCAAAAUUCCUCUUUCUGGAGGCAAGUUUUACGAGCCCCAUAGAUGUUGGGAAGAUGUCUUUGAUGCAAUCACUAAUGCAAAACACUUCAUUUACAUUACUGGCUGGUCCGUAUAUACUGAAAUCUCCUUGAUAAGAGACUCAAGGAGGCAAAAGCCAGGUGGAGACAUCACCCUUGGUGAGCUGCUUAAGAAGAAGGCAAGUGAAGGUGUAACGGUUCUCAUGCUGGUUUGGGAUGAUAGAACUUCUGUGGGUCUACUGAAGAAGGAUGGAUUGAUGGCCACCCAUGACGAAGAAACCGAGCAUUACUUUCAAGGUACCGAUGUGCAUUGUGUCCUAUGCCCUCGCAAUCCUGACGAUGGUGGAAGCUUUAUUCAGGAUAUACAAAUUUCUACCAUGUUCACCCAUCACCAGAAGAUUGUGGUGGUGGACAGUGAGAUGCCUACCGAAGGGUCACAGAAGAGGAGGAUUGUGAGUUUUGUUGGCGGGAUCGAUCUUUGCGAUGGGAGGUAUGAUACCCCCUUCCAUUCACUUUUCAGGACAUUGGACACAGCACACCAUGAUGAUUUUCACCAGCCAAACUUCACUGGUGCUUCAAUUACAAAAGGUGGACCAAGGGAGCCUUGGCAUGACAUUCACUCCCGGCUUGAAGGACCAAUUGCCUGGGAUGUUUUGUUUAAUUUUGAGCAGAGAUGGAGAAAGCAAGGCGGGAAGGAUAUACUUGUUAACCUGAGAGAACUGGAUGGUAUCAUUCCCCCAUCUCCAGUAAUGUUCCCAGAUGACCAAGAGACGUGGAAUGUUCAAUUGUUCAGAUCCAUUGAUGGUGGAGCUGCUUUUGGCUUCCCUGACACGCCUGAGGAAGCAGCCAAAUCAGGUCUUGUCAGUGGGAAGGAUAACAUAAUUGACCGAAGCAUUCAGGAUGCGUAUAUUCAUGCUAUUAGACGGGCAAAGAACUUCAUUUAUAUUGAAAAUCAGUAUUUUCUGGGAAGCUGCUUUGGCUGGAGUUCAGAUGAUAUCAAGGUUGAGGACAUUGGUGCUUUGCAUCUCGUUCCCAAGGAGCUUUCUUUGAAGAUUGUUAGUAAGAUAGAGGCCGGGGAGAGGUUCACUGUAUAUGUUGUAGUCCCCAUGUGGCCAGAAGGGCUUCCAGAGAGUGGAUCAGUUCAGGCAAUAUUGGAUUGGCAGAAGAGGACAAUGGAGAUGAUGUACAAAGAUGUUAUUCAGGCUCUAAAAGCUAAGGGCAUUGAGGAUGACCCGAGGAAUUAUUUGACAUUUUAUUGCCUCGGUAAUCGGGAAGUGAAGAAGAGCGGAGAGUAUGAACCUUCCGAAAAGCCAGAGGAUGAUUCAGAUUAUCUUAGAGCACAGGAAGCACGGCGGUUCAUGAUCUAUGUUCAUGCUAAGAUGAUGAUAGUUGAUGAUGAAUACAUUAUUAUUGGAUCGGCCAACAUCAAUCAGAGAUCAAUGGAUGGCACCAGGGAUUCUGAGAUAGCAAUGGGUGCCUACCAACCAUAUCAUUUAGCAGGCAGGCAGCCAGCAAGGGGUCAGAUUCAUGGUUUCCGAAUGUCAUUAUGGUACGAACACCUUGGCAUGCUUGACGAGAUCUUCCUCCACCCAGAAAGCGAGGAGUGUGUCAGAAAGGUGAAUCAGGUUGCUGACAAAUAUUGGGAUCUCUACGCAAGUGAGAGUCUUGAACGCGACCUGCCCGGCCACUUGCUCCGCUACCCCAUUGGGGUGGCCGGCGCAGGGGAAGUCACGGAGCUUCCGGGAAUGGAGUUCUUCCCGGACACCAAAGCACGUGUUCUUGGUGCCAAAUCUGACUACCUCCCUCCCAUCCUUACCACCUAAUAGGUUAACCUUCUUGGCAUGAUUUGAUGAGAGUAAUAACUCAGUAACUCUUGUUCCUCUUUUAAUCCUAGUGCUUGUAGUAGAAUAAGGCAUUGUGUUGUGUCAUAACCUGCAGAUAGGGUCCGACUUUUCUGUAGAGGCGUGCAGAUCAGGAUUAAGGAGGUUUGGUUUUUUCGAUUUAGGUGCUUGACGGAUGUUAUUUUCUUGAGUGCAUUAUGUAGUCUACGUGUCAUCAUCUUUGUGUUCUGUCAUGUUAUUUUAUGUGAUUUCUCAUUAUUUUUUUCUGUAAAUUACUAAUUUCUCAUUUUUUUUUCUCUAAAUUAGUAAUUUCUUUGGUCACACACUCUAGAAAAAAAC